AUGAGCUGACUCAGCAGGACCAGACACUGCCUAGAUCCUACUUGGUACAGGGAUGUCAAGGCACCAUAGACUCUAGUUGGAACAUAAGAAAAGCACCAGGGGACCAACCAGGAGCUGAGUUACCACUUGAGGACCUACUGAAGCAACAAAUUGAAAAACAUGUAAGUAAAACAAGUUACACAAUUUAAUUAAGCUUAUGGUUGCACAGUGUGUUAGCUUAUGGGAGCCACAGCAAAUAAACUAUAAGUUGAACAAGUCCAAAAGAAAUCAUUUCACACUCUGUUACAUUUUGCUCUAGCUGAAGAAGACCAACCAACCAGAAGACCAAAGCCCAACAGUGAAAGUGAAAAUAUCUGGUGAUGGUGCAAGAAUGUCUCAUUCCAGCAAUUUAUUUGUGUGCUCCUUUUCUAUCUUGGAUGAAGGUCAAAAUGUACUCUCUAGUGCAGGUAAAUACACGCAUACAUACAUACAUACACAUGCAUUUAAAGUGUAAAAUUUGAUUUUCGUAAAACAGUGCUCAAUACAUAAAUGUAGAGCGGAGUAUGUAGUUUACUUGUUUUUUUCCUCCCACAAUAUACAUGCAUUUAUUUAUGAAUAGCAGAACAGCCUUUUUCAAAAUUGAGAUCCCUAAUUGAUAAAACUACAGUGUACUCACAAGUUAUCUGUUUUUGUUUCUAUACAUCUCAUGACUAAUUGCCAAUGUUGUUCGAUUCUAAUGAACAUGUUGAAAAAGUCUGAAGUUAAACAUUUCAACCAACUUAGGUCAAGUAUUUCUACUCCCCCCUUACAUGUAUUGUGCUUUUUACAGGCAACCACACUAUUGCUGUACUGAAAACCUCUGAAGACUAUAAAAACCUGAGAAAUGGAUUGGCAAAUGUGACAUCAACUGUCAAUAAGCUAAUCGACGAUGGAUUUGUUGUAAUGAAUGGAAAGAAAGUAAAACUGCAGUUCUUCUUGGGGGGUGAUUACAAAGUAAGUACAAUGUCUAUGACUUGAUGAUUACAUAAAAAAACUGCAAAGUUUCCAGGACUGUGUACUGUGUACUGUGUACUGGAUGACAUUGAGCUUGGUGGUUUAUUGCAUUAUUAUUAUCAUUCCAACAGUUUCUACUUCUUUCAAUGGGAAUGAAGGGGGCCAUCUCCAACAAUUCAUGCAUCUGGUGCUUGAUCCAUAAAAAAGACAGAUGCAACAUGGAUGUUCCAUUCUCUUAUUACCAGUCAUCGAACAUGAAAAGGACGCUGGGUCCAGAUUGGUAUAAGCAACCUGGAUGCCAGCAUCAGCCAUUAUUCAAGAUACCCCUCGACAACAUCAUUAUUGAUGAGCUUCACCUUAUGCUACGUGUGAUGGAUCGACUGGAAACAGGCCUAAUCCUCGAAGUUUUAGAUUGGGAUGAGGCUGAAAACAAAGAUAAAGCCCCAUCAGCAAGAAAGCCCAUCCACUUAGAUGCACUUUUAACCACAGUGCGCUCACUAGGAAUUACCCUCAAUGUAUGGAGACCGAAGGAAUCAGCAAGGAAAGUGGAAUGGACAUCUCUGCUGGGUGGAGAGAAGCGGUUACUCCUGAGAAAACUUCCCUGCAACUUUUCAAAAUUGCUACCACCAGAAAGGGCACCAGUUGUUCAAAAACUGUGGACAGUGAGUAAAAAUGUCAUUUCUAAUGCAAAGCAUGUUUAAGGAAGAAAACUUUUGCUCUGGGCUUUGUUGGUUGAUAUAUUAGUCCUGAUCUUACUUGGGAAUC